AUGGUCAACACCCACAACCAAAAUCAUUCCCCUCCUAGGGAUGAUGCUGGUGACAUCUCUGAAGAAGGUUUGCCUGUACUGCCUCCAGUUAACACUAAUGCAGAUGUUGCCGUUGAGAAAGUUAAGGCAAGAAGGUUUGAAAGAGGGCUGAGAGCCAACUUGAGUACAUCUGUGGUGCCGCACAAGUACCCUACCUAUGCGAAAGUGGUUCAGGCUGCUAAAAUGAUUGAAGAUCAGCAGAAAGAGAACUACAACGCCAUACAAGCUGGCAUGAUUUCUGUGUGCUCCCUACCUGCGUAUGUGUUGUUUGACUCAGGAGCGUCGCACUCCUUUGUAUCACCUUCAUUUGUCGAGAAACUACCUAUUAAACUGGCAAGUAUGGAAGAGAAGCUGAUAGUUUGUACACCGACUAGAAGUAAGGUCGGGCUUGACCAAGCCUUCAACUCUUGCCCUGUAAGAGUAAGCGACCAUGGGCUGGAGGCUAGUGUGAUAAUUUUAGAUAAGAAGGACUUCGAUAUCAUUCUGGGAAUGGAUUUAUUGUCCACUCACAGAGCCAACCUGAUCUACGUAGAGAGGAAAAUACUCUUCAAGUCAGAGGAAGGCAAGGAAUUUGUGUUCAAGGGCAACAAAAGUAAAAAGCCUAGGAAAACAAUCAUUUUGGCUCUCCAAGUUCAGAAGUUGUUAGUGGAAGGUUGUCAAUGUUACUUAGCCUCCGUGCUAGACACUGAAGCUAAGAUUACACCUAUGGAAGAGAUAACUGUGGCAAGAGAUUUCCCCGACGUCUUUCCAGAAGACCUCACAUAG